AUGAGCUUUGGAAUUGGAGUGGGCGAUUUUCUUGCUGUAAUAAAGCUUGCUACCAAGGUAAGAAGGGAAUUCGCUGGCGCACCCGACCAAUUCAAGGCUAUUAGUGACGAAGUUCGAAAUCUGUCAUUUGUAGUACAAGAUGUCGAAAUUGAUGUAUCCAGCAAGGAUCUCGACGCCAAGCAACAAACCGAGCUAGAAGAAAUAGCCAAGAGCUGUUGCAAUGUUCUCGGUGAGCUUGAGAGCAUGAUCCAUAACUAUAGAGAUCUGGGGCCUAUCGGCGACAGCAAAAAAAGCAUAGCGAAACGCGCAUGGAAACGAUUGAAAUGGGAGCCGAAUGAGAUCCAAGAACUUCGGCAACGAAUAAUCAGCAACAUUGCUCUUCUUGAUGCUUUCAAUGGACGAAUGACACGAACCAGCAUCCGACGCCUUGUACAAUGUCAAGAUGACCAAAAGCGGCAAGAACUGCUGACCUGGCUCUCGCCCUUGGAUUACGGCGCACAACAGAGUGACUAUAUUGCACGACGCCAACCCGGGACUGGUCAGUGGCUUCUGGACUCACCGGAAUUUCAAUCGUGGAUCUCGGGCUCAAAGCAGACACUAUUUUGCCCGGGGAUUCCCGGAGCAGGCAAAACCAUCCUGACCUCUAUCGUUAUUGAAGAGCUGUAUGAUCAAUACAGAAAUGAUGGUAGUGUCGCCAUCACAUUUCUAUACUGCAGCUUUCGGCGUCGUCACGAGCAAGGCUUGGCACAUCUGCUUGCAAGUCUUUUGAGGCAAUUGGCGCAAGCUCAGCCAGACUUACCGAGUCCCUUAUCUAAUAUAUACGAUGAGCAUAGAGCCAAAAGCACGAGACCCAAGGUCGAAGAGCUUUCUAAGGCGCUGGAGUCUCUCGCUCAGCAAGGGGGCUUUUCAAAAGUCUUUGUUGUGAUUGAUGCCCUGGACGAGUGCGAUAUGUCGAACAGAUCAUGUACGAAAUUGUUGGAUACGAUGUUUGACCUGCAAGCUUCGUGCAAUGUGAACCUCUUUGCAACUUCACGCUUUAUCCCGGAGAUUACUGAGCGGUUCCAAGAAUUGCCAACCCUUGAAAUUCGGGCAAGCAAGGAAGAUGUUACAAGAUAUCUUCGAGAUAAUUUGUCGAUUUUGCCUUCCUUUGUGUCAAGGAACAAGGACCUGCAGGACGAGAUCUCAACUGCGAUAACUACGGCAGUUGACGGAAUGUUUCUACUUGCUCAGCUUUACCUCAAUUCGUUAGUAGGAAAACGGUCGCCCAAGGCAAUUCGGUCUGCCCUAAAAGGACUUUCCUCCGACACUCAAAGAUACGAUUCUGCUUAUGAUGAUGCCAUGAAACGCAUCCAGGGACAAGUCCCCGACAAAAGUGAAUUGGCACUACAAGUUCUUGCAUGGAUCACAUGUGCCAAAAGGCCGCUCACCACGAUUGAGCUACAGACUGCUCUUGCUGUGGAAGUCGAUGAGCCAGAAUUCGACCCUGAGAAUUUGCCGGACCUGACCGAUAUGGUCUCAGUCUGUGCCGGCUUGGUCACUGUGGACGAGCAGAGCGACAUCAUCCGGCUAGUACAUUAUACCACGCAGGAGUAUUUUGAGCGAAACAAAGCCACCUGGUUUCCAAGAGCACACCAUAGUAUUGGCAGGAUAUGCGUUGCAUACCUAUCGUCAAUGGCAUCUAAGGCAGAGCAUUGGUUGACGGAGACUGAACACGAUGCUCAGCUGGAUAUCGAGCUCAAUGCCCGUCUACACUUCGAACUCAAUAAUCUCGUGCGCGAUAACCCUCUCAUCGUAUAUGCAGGUGAUUUCUGGGGUCACCAUGUCAAUAGCAGAUUAUACGACGAUGACGUGGAAGCUAGCGAUGACUUGAUCAUUGGUUUUCUGAGCGAUAUUCCAAAAGUGAAUUGCUGCGCACGAGUUCUUCUGUGGGUUGAUUCACAUUCGCGUGAUCAAGAUUACUAUCUGAGGCCAAUGAGCUACUUUGGUGGAGGUCGAUACCCGGUAUUCAGCCCACAGCUCGCCACGGGUUUACAUCUUGCUAUCUGGUUUGUCAUGCCUGAUAUCAUUGAGAAGAUGAUCUCACGCGGAUGGCCAGUAGACUCGAAAGAUGCCUGUGGGAGAACGCCAUUAUUCUGGGCAGUCUGUUUUGGUCUUUCAGACAUAGUAUCCUUGUUACUGGAGAAUGGUGCCGAUCCUGGGAUGAAGGAUAGAUAUGGCCAUUCACCCCUGUACGCGUCAGGCUGGCUUGGGUCGGCUAAUUCAGCUGAAAUAGCCGGCUUGCUGGUGGAACAGGCUACCAAACCGGGGGCUGCGAUUGGAGAUAACUCCGACGAAAUGCAAAGUCUUCUUCUUGCUGCAUGCAUGGGAAUCAACGAACCUUUCGUCAAGCUCUUGCUAGAGUGCAAUGUUGAUGUUGAGGCCAAGAGCGAAGAUGGUCGGAAUGCUCUUUCGCUGGCUGCGUUGUAUAGUCGUGGAAAUGUUGUUCGUCUCUUGCUAGAGAGAGGGUCUGAUUCUGACUCGCCCGAUGACGUGGGCCGAACCGCAUUUCACUAUGCUGCCUCUCAACCAGACGGUACAAUAGUGGCAUCUUUGUUUGCAUACAAUCCUAAUGGGCUGAACCGGAGGGAUUUAUAUGGCCGAACACCGUUGCACGUUGCUGCAACUAGGGGUAAACUACAGUCAGUGAGAGCUCUGUUAGCCAUGGAGGGUAUUGAUUGUGAGAUUAAAGAUAACUUUGGUCGUACCGCACUUGAUGAUGCCCUUGGACGAGGCUACGAUGACGUUGCUAAAGCCAUCCAGAACGUGACUGGAGGCAUAGAUGAAGUGAUCCAUCCCAGGAAAGCCAAACCUUUACGACGGGUGCUCAAUGUGGAAUGUGAUGCUUGUAUGCUUGCUAUAAGGCCCGGUGAGACCUGGUACCAUUGUUUCUUGUGCAGAGAUGGGGACUUUGACCUAUGUAAUGGGUGUUAUCAACUUGGGGCACACUGCUUGAAUCGCGAUCAUGGCUUGGCAGCGCGUGCUGGCACUAAGCUGUCAAAUAACUUGUGA